CCUUGAUGUGCUACGAAUGUAACGACUUUGAGGGCCCUCUGACGUGCAGCAACCAGUCCGUGAGAAUGCUGGAAGAGUGCGAUGAGACACUGACCUCAGUGGUGGAGAGCCACCAUCCCGUCUGCGUAUGGUUUAACGGAGCGGAAAGUGAAGAGGAACAAUGCUCUGGUGGUGGUAGUGGCUUCUUAGACGACAUCCAGGAGGAAAAACGGGGUCAGUUUAAGUUCUGCGGCUUCACCGACGACCCACCGGCAACCGGCCGUGCGUGCUGCCUCCCGCAUACCAACACCGACAACCAGCAGGGUACGCUCUGCUUGUGCACAACCGACGGCUGCAACGGAGGCCACGACUCGAACUUUCAGGAGUUUUUUCAGAAAGCAGAUAAGCAGGAGGCAUGCGCUACUAGUGACGGCCUAGACUCCUCGCAGCCGUUGCCGCGUCUGAUAGUCGUGCAUUUUCUUUUGUUGAUUAUCUUGCACUGAAAAUUGUUUCUCCUUUUACGUAAAUUACGAGAAAUCCGCUUUGUACAUGCGAAUGCACAUUUAAA